GGGCCCACCGUCUUCCACUCUGACCUAACACGAAAAGAAGGAAGACGGUAAAGGAUUGCGAACCCGCGGACUCGAGUUCCGAGCUCAAAAUCCGGAAUUGGGAUAGCCAGCGGAGGGAGUCAAGGCUGUCAACAUGAUCUCUCAGUUCUUUGUGCUUUCACAGAGGGGCGAUAACAUCGUCUUUCGUGACUAUCGUGGCGACGUACAAAAAGGGAGCGCAGAGACAUUUUUCCGCAAAGUGAAGUUCUGGAAAGAGGAUGAUGAAGGAGACGCUCCUCCUGUAUUUAAUGUAGAUGGCGUUAACUACUUUCAUGUGAAGGUUUCUGGGCUAUUAUUUGUUGCCACAACAAGAGUCAAUGUCUCGCCUUCUCUUGCUUUGGAACUUCUGCAAAGAAUUGCUCGUGUCAUCAAAGAUUACCUUGGAAUUCUUAAUGAAGAUUCAUUGCGGAAGAACUUUGUGCUCGUAUAUGAAUUAUUGGAUGAAGUCAUUGAUUUUGGAUAUGUCCAAACUACAUCAACUGAGGUUUUGAAGUCGUAUGUUUUCAAUGAGCCAAUUGUGGUUGAUGCUGCACGAUUGCCUCCCCUUGGUCCAGCAUCCAUUUUUAUGCAAGGGACCAAACGAAUGCCAGGAACAGCUAUCACGAAAUCUGUAGUUGCAAAUGAACCUGGGGGUAGGAAAAGGGAUGAGAUUUUUGUUGACGUGAUUGAGAAAAUAAGUGUUACAUUCAACUCCAGUGGAUUCAUACUUACUAGUGAAAUAGAUGGCACCAUCCAAAUGAAGAGUUAUCUUACUGGCAACCCAGAGAUUCGACUUGCUCUCAAUGAGGACCUAAGUAUAGGAAAAAACGACUAUAGAAGCUCAGGGGCUGUUGUCCUUGAUGAUUGUAACUUCCAUGAAUCUGUACACCUUGAUAACUUUGAUGUUGACCGAACUUUGAUCCUGGUGCCACCUGAUGGUGAAUUUCCUGUCAUGAAUUAUAGAAUGACUCAACCAUUUAAGCCACCCUUUCGUAUAAAUGCAUUGAUUGAAGAAGCAGGACCUCUUAAGGCUGAAGUGAUAAUCAAAGUGCGAGCUGAGUUCUCCCCAAGCAUCAAUGCUAACACAGUUCUCAUAGAGAUGCCACUACCAACAUUUACAACUCGUGUUAACUUUGAGUUGGAGCCUGGGGCUGUUGGAACAACCGAUUUUAAGGAAGCAAACAAGAGACUGGAGUGGGGCAUAAAAAAGGUAUGUGGUGGAACUGAGCAUACUUUACGUGCAAAACUGACAUUUUCACCAGAAAUACAUGGUACCCAUGCUACUGAAGCUGGGCCUAUUAGCAUGUCCUUCACUAUACCCAUGUACAAUGCUUCAAGGCUUCAGGUGAAGUACUUGCAAAUAGCGAAGAAGUCAAAAGCGCAUAAUCCGUAUCGAUGGGUUAGAUAUGUCACCCAGGCAAAUUCAUAUGUUGCUCGGUUGUAAAACAAUCGCAUUUCUCCGAAUUCUAUAGCUGCCUACCUUUUCAACGUAUUUUGUAAUAAUUAGUGUGGGCCUCCAAUUAUAGGCUUGGUAAACAUGUUAUGUUAUAUACUAAGUAAAUAUUUCACAUUAAUGUGGCCGUGAAUCAUUCCAGAAAAAACUGACAUUCUAUGAUUA